AUGACACCCCGCCUCCUGUGCGCGACCCUACCAAAGAGCCCGUUAUACAAGCUAUCGAACCAAACGCUCGCGGCGUAUGACCGCACGAAGAAGCGCGUUCAAGGGUUUGCUUCCGUCAAACCCAUCAAGGCUCGGGUCAUACCACCCAAGCGAUUGCCCCUCGGCGAGGCACCCAACUGGCUCAAGGAGGGCUUCAUCAGCUUUGAGGUGAUCAACACCGUAACCAAACGCGUCGCCUUCGGCAUCAAAGGCGCGCUUACAUCGGCCAUCAUCACACUUGAUGGCGGCGUGGGCGACUACGAGCUGCCGGUGCGCGACAUGACUGAAACAAACCUGAACUGGCACGUUGACAAGGAUAACGAAGAAGAGGCUGGGGAAAAGAAGGGCAAUACUCUCCUGUUGAGGAUAGAGAGAGGAAAGCUCGCACGCGUCAGAUCAGCAGGCUCGGGAACGCCCGUUCGGUAUGAGCCCGUCGGCCUUGGUGCGCGUCGGAAAGACCACGGCAAGGACGACGCCAAAUCUACCAAGCCGCAGCGCCAGGAGACGGGGGCGAAGAAGGAAACGACCAAGCGAGUGACACCCGAAGGAGAAGCGGAGGAGGAGGAGGAAGAAGAGGAGAAAACGACCACCAAGGAUGUCAAGAAGGCGCGCAAGGGCAGCGAAUCUACGAGCGCUGAGAAGGCUGCACCGGUGCAAAAGAAAACCACAGCGCCUGAGCAGGCACCGGAAGCGAAGCGACUGGCAGAAAAGCGAAAGGCCACCUACGAGGCCACGCCGAGGAAAUCCACGAGCGGAGAGUUCAAGAACCCUUGGCUCUUGGCCAAGAAGCUCAAGACUGGACAACCGGCCACGCCCAAGGCGGCGGCGGCGGAUGAGGAGGAGGAAAAUGAGGACCUCGGAGAGGAAGAGGAGAGGGCACCGGUAGCGAAGCGACUGGCGGAGAAGCGAAAGGCCACCGACGAGGCCACGCCGAGGAAAUCCACGAGCGGAGCGUUCAAGCACUCUGAGCUCUGGCCCAAGCUCACGACUGGACAACCGGCCACGCCCAAGGCGGAUCAAUCGCGCCGACAGACCAAGGAGGAGGAGGAAGAAGAGGAGGAGAAAGAGGACCCCGGAGAGGAAGAGGAGAAGGCAGCGAAGGCUAAGGACAGGAAAUCGACUGCGCUGGAGAAGCACUCGAAGGCAGCGGAUGAGGACGACCAAGAUGAAGAGGAGGAGGAGGAGGAGGAGAACUUUGAGGAGAUUCUGAGCCAGAUACCGGUGUUGGUGACGGUCAACAGGCUUGAGGACACGCGAGAGCCGCCAUCGGCUGACGCGCGGCCCCCCUCGACGAAGCGAAAGCUGAGCGAUUCGCGAGCGAAGGACCAGAAGACGAAGAAGAGGAAGAUGACCCCGGAGGAGGAGCGAGCGUACGCGAUUCAACAGCGGAUCCUCGGCAACGACUACUUCAACGACGAGACCGACUGCUACGUGUCGUCGUCCGAGGAGGACGAGCAGGUGACCGAACGACGAGCGAUAGCGGCAGUGCGACGCGCGAAAGCCGUCGGCACGCCCCGGAAGUUAUUGGGUACAGCCAAACAGAAACUCAAACCAGCGCAAGAAGAGGAGGAAGAAGAGGAAGAGGACGAUGACGACGAAGAGGAAUCGGAAGCCGAGCCGAUGGACGACGCUGAGCUGCAGUCCGACAACGAGCUUCUCGUUUCAGGGUUCGACCACAUGGAUGCCGAAGCGAACGAAGACACAGCAGCGACAUCAGCCGAACAGCGGCAAGCGGAGAAGCCCGACGACAAGGAGGAGGAGGAGGAGGAGGAGGAGGAGGAGGAGGAAGGAGACGAGGAGGAAGAAGAGGAAAAGCGCAGGAUGAAGCGAAAGAAAACAAAGAGGAGGAGGAGAAGGAGGAAGAUGAUGAAGACGACCAGUUUGAUUUCAUGUGGGUGA